UCCCCAGCUUGCAACCAGACUUUUGGCCCACAAAAUCCAAUCUCCUCAGGAGUGGGAGGCUAUGCAAGCACUUACAGUUCUUGAGACGUGCAUGAAGAAUUGCGGAAAACGAUUUCAUAAUGAAGUGGGAAAGUUUCGCUUUCUCAAUGAACUCAUCAAGGUGGUGUCACCCAAGUAUUUAGGUACCAGGGCUCCAGAACCAGUGAAGAAGAAGGUUUUGGAAAUGAUGUUCAGCUGGACGGUGAGGCUGCCAGAUGAGACCAAGAUAGCAGAGGCAUAUCAGAUGCUGAAAAAACAGGGUAUUGUCAAGCAGGAUCCGGUGCUUCCUGAUGACAAGCCCCUCCCACCCCCUCCACCCAGAGCCAAAAGUGCCGUCUUUGAGGAUGAGGAGAAAUCCAAGAUGCUGUCUCGCUUAUUGAACAGCACUCACCCGGAAGAUCUAAGAGCUGCAAACAAGCUCAUUAAGGAAAUGGUCCAGGAAGACCAAAAACGAGUGGAAAAGGUAUCAAAGCGAGUGAACGCCAUCCAGGAGGUGAAGGAGAGUGUCAGCCUGCUGAGCCAGCUUCUGGAGGGCUACAGCAAAGAGAGCUGCUCCCAGAGCAACCAAGAGCUCAUUAAGGAUCUUUAUCAGCGCUGUGAAAAGAUGAGGCCCACGCUAUUCCGAUUAGCUAGUGAUACAGAGGAUAAUGACGAAGCCCUAGCGGAUAUCUUACAGGCCAAUGACAGCUUAACACAGGUCAUCAAUCAGUACAGACAGCUGGUAAAGGGGGAGGAGGUGCCAAAAGAUGGCGAUAGCCACGCCCUCACAACCAGCAAUAGCUCAGCACUUGUGGACCUGAUGGGACUUAAUGCAUCAGCCAACACAGCACUCUCCAACCCAGAGUCCUCCAGUCUGCAGACCCUGACUCAGAGCAUGGGUAUCAACCUCUUGGAUGAUGAACUCAUGUCUCUGGGACUGAAUGUAACAGAAAACUGCGUCUCCCAGAACACUUUUCAGUCCUCUAAUAGCACAGAAUCAUCUGCUCCAUCAGUACCAGCUACUGUCUUGCUACCAGCUGUGGUCCAAACACAGCAGGCUCUACCAGCAGGGGGCUCCACUGCUCCACCUAAAGCCAUGGAAGAGCUGGAUUUACUGGGGAAGACUUUGCUACAGCAGUCCUUACCUCCUGAGAGCCAGCAGGUUAAAUGGGAUAAGCUCCAACCUCAGUCCAGAGUCACUUUACGAGAUCUCCAGACCAAGUCCAGCACCAACUCUAGACCUGCUCCUCCUGCAACCACCACCUCCUCUGGUCCCGCUCUUCCUCCGGGGCCCAUGUCUAGCCUGGCCAUCCAGUCGGAGCAGCCUGACGCUCUCCUCCUCUCCAACCUCAGUCUCACAGCUGCUGAGAAAGGCGUGUCACCUGCUGCCGACCUUUAUGACAACAUCUCCUUAGCUGACGUAACUGUGCCUCUGGAAUCAAUCAAACCUAGCAGCUUAUUACCAGUGACUGUAUUUGACAAACACAGCCUGCGGGUUUUGUUCACCUUUGCCCGUGACUGUCCUCCAGCACGGCCUGAUGUGCUGGUGGUGAUCAUCUCCAUGCUGUCCUCAGCUCCCAUUCCUGUCACCAACAUUCGCUUUCAGGCAGCUGUGCCCAAGGUGAUGAAAGUGAAACUGCAGCCUCCCUCUAGUACUGAGCUCCCAGCAUUCAAUCCCAUCAUGCCUCCAGCUGCUAUCACACAGAUCCUGCUACUGGCUAAUCCUCAGAAGGAAAAAGUACGUUUGCGGUACAAACUAACAUUCAACCUGGGGGACAAAUCUCACGAUGAAUCAGGUGAUGUGGACCAGUUUCCCCCUCCAAACACCUGGGGGAGCCUCUAGUGAGAAGGACCAACCUUCCUAUCAUCCAGUCUGCUGCUUCCUUUAGAUUUCGGUUAAAGUUGUCUCUCAUCCCUGGCAGAGGCAAGAUGGCCUCUUUUUCACAUCAGUGGUUUCUAAAGUUUGGUAAUACAAACUGACGUGAGACCAGUUGUGGGAGCCAGCUUCUACCUUGUGCCUUCCUUCACAGCCUUCCUGUCCUUAUUUGAUCAUCUCCGUGUUCCUGUGUUUUGUAGCUACUUUUUCUUCUUUCAACAGUCACUUCAAUGCAGAGAUAUAUAGCAAACUAUCAGAAACAUUGACUCAAUGCAAUGACUUCUGAGAAAACAAGUUGAGUCUUAAAAAAAACAAAUGUGUGCAUUUGUCUGAUUUACAUACUGCUAGUCCCAUGUCAUGUGAAUUACUUGUAACAGCUGGCGUCCAACAUUAUUUGUUUUUUGUUUGUUUGUUUACAACACUCAAUCUGAGGCAAGUGUCUGAUGCAUUCUUAACUUAAGAGUAUUGUCACAAUGUGUGUGUCCAGUGUUUAUUUUGAAUGUUUGUUUCGUUACUGUGUCUCAGUUAAAUGUUAGUCAGCUAAAUGCUUAUAGCUAUAUUUUAUAAGUGCUGACAAUCUUAUGAAAAGCCAAAAGAAACCCCACUACAUUAAAUUCAUGAUAUGGAAUAAGAACUAAAAUGAAUUUCCCAUCAAAUGAAGAGUCAAAUAGUGUCAUGCUCAACUCAUUAGAAAAACCUCUUCCACUUUACCCCAUAAUGAAAACAGUUAUUUAUUUGCCAAGCACAGAGUUGCAUAUGGAAAUAAUCAAACUAGAUGUAACUGUCAGCUCCUGCAUUUUAAAUCAUCAUAGUGGUUUUCCUUUUGAUCCAGUCAGUUCUGAGUAUGAGGAAUUAAUCUGAAAGGCUGUAUUAACUGUAAAAGAACCAGGAGUUUAUCCAAGGAGCAUACAUAAUGAGUGGGUGCAUUUUUAAGUAUUGUCUUGGAUUUAAUAUUUAUGUAUAAUACGUAUGUUGUUUUCUUUGGAAAGGAUUACAGUAGGGCGGUGUGUGUUUAAGUCGUGGCAGUGGUCCUUUUUCACAGCAACAUUAAAUUGUCUGUGUCCCAGUAAGCCAUGACAGUGGGGCAGAAAGCCAGCAUGCACAAUACCAGGACUCAGAAACUGAAGCAGCAAAAUGGAAUUCAGAUAUUCUACAUUUUAUUAUCUACACCUGGGCUUUUUCCCACUGUGUUGUAUCAGAAUAUAUUCUGUGAAAAAAGGCCCGUGAAGGAAGGGCACUAAAUCUCUGCUCCUUUAAAAUCAAGCUUUUUUUUUCCCAUUUCUGCACUUUUCUUUGUUUUCAGAAGAUUGGGACACUAUUCUACAUUAUGUUUCACUCAGGAUUUUGAUUUGGAGAUUUUCUUCUUACUCAGCCUCAACUCACCACGCACUUAUUUUGUUUAAAAUUUUGCACAUGAAACCAUUCCCUUUUCAGAGUAACUUGUCUUUCCUCAUUCGCUGCCUUUCUACUGUUGAUUGACCCAAAGAGGGACAUGUGAAGUCCUGAGUUGACGUCGCUGACAUCCAGUUCGAUUCUACCACAUGUGCCUGAGAUGAAACUUUUGAUUUUCAUUUGCUUUGUACAUAUAUGUAUACAAAUGACUGGUUUGAUCUUUGUUUCUGUUUUCAUAUCUUCAUGUCCUUAUCAAAAAAGACUUUGUGAAAAUGACACAUCAAAUGAUGUUACAGAAUCAUCAGAAUAUCCGUGGUCACUCAGUUGAUUGGAGCACGGGUCUAUGAUCACUUCUUAGGGUCUUAAAAGACUAAAAUAAAAUAAGAUUAGAGGCAGACUGAUUCCAACUGAUAAAUGCACUUCUGAAAUACAUGUGAAAUGCGUGUAACUACAGUAGAGAUAAAGCUGGAGCUUCAAUUUAUAAUAUAAUGGAUCCACAUCAGAAUUACCCACUGAGUAAUAAUGAUUAAGUUUAAAACAUACCUGCGAGGUGCCAUUAAUCAUCCUGGUAGGUAGCUAAUCAACCAUUUCAUUAUAUUUACAGAUAAAUUUACAUUGCUUACUUGUCUAGGACUGGCAAAAAAAGAGCAAUAAUCAGACGAAAACUAGCCUCAGUAAUAACAUUUCACAGCUCAGAUUGUAAAUAAAGAACAUUUGUGCUCCCAGCAUGACUUAUUGUAAACUAUGCAGUGAGGGGGCUGUUACAGGUUUGCCAGGUUUACAUCAACUCAUUCAGAUCAGAUGUAAAAACAUAUGGAAAUUUGCCUUUUGUCAUUACCAUAAGAGCUGUGUAUAUGGCACAGGCCUUCUCCAUCCACACAACCUUCAUUAGUAGUGGGUGCUCUAAUUAGCCACAUUUGUCCUCCUUUAGAGAAUGUUUUGGGAUGAUGACAACAGAGACUGCUUGAUUUGUUAGAGGUCUUAGGGAGUAAACUAAGCAAGUCAUCUGUGAGUCUGGAACCAAAUACGUGUCAAAGAAAUUGAUGCAUUAACUGACCCUGAGCUACAUGCCAGCACAUCAAUUACAGCAUUUCCAUUUCAUGUCUGGGUUUAGUGUUCAUUGAGGUGUAAAAUUUUAGUUCCCCUUUCAACAAACCUGUUACAGAUUACAGAUCCUAGUUCUGGGUGAUGCAAGUAUUGAAUAACUCCUGUAAUUCAGUUAUAAGAACACUCAAAUAUGAUCAAGCGUGGUGUAUGUAAUGCUGCCACCCUUUGUCCAGCUUUGGGAAUCCGGAAGAGUUUGAGUGACGAGGCCUUUAUAAAUAUAUUUAUGAGGAAGGGAAAAAUUCUUUUCUGUCUGUGCUCCUACUGUAAAUAAAGACCAUUAUGUAUAUUUACCAAUAAAGGCAACAUGUGUACAUACUGCUGGGUACAAACUGAGAAUGUGGUACGACUGUAUAUUUAAGUUACAUGUAGUCAUUUGUACAGGGAAUUCACCUGAUGUACAAGUAAUCUGAUCAAUAACUUGUUCAGUAGAACAUCAAGUUUUGAUUCAUUUAUUUAGAAAGAAAACACAGUAAAAAGAGCACAAUGAGUGAAAGAGGAAACAAGCAUCAAAUGCAAUUUAGUAAACAAUCCACACAAAAAUAAAUCAGCAUCAGCUAAUCUGCUUAUUCAAAUAUGUGAGUUACAAAUAAUACAUCCAUUUUGACUGGCUACAGGACAGAAAAAAAACUAAAGGCAUGCGUGACAAAUGCACCUAAAUCUACAGCAACAGUUCAUUACACUAAAAAAAAAAAAAAAAAACUAAAACUAACAAAUAAGAUUCACAAAUUUACAUGCAUUGCUUGAACGUUUAGAAUGACUCAAUCUCAAAAUAAAAGCUAUAAUUAGAAUACAUUGCUGAUCAAAAGCUAAGUUUCCCUUCAACUGAACAAGGCAAAGAUUUUGAAGCUAGAGAAAAACAUGACUGGAAUGAGAUGGUUUCUGUUAGAAGUUAUUUUGCCCAUAGACCAGCACUCUCACACUGAGGCCUGAGUAUAUGCCUGUUUUCAUUCUAGACAAACACAGCUGAAAUUAGAGAGGAAGAACAAACCGGUAAAAUCCAUUGUUUUGGUGUUUGGCUGAAAUGAAAACAUAACAAACUUUUCCCUCCAUGAUAAAUGGUUGAGAGUGACUGCAUGAGACCUUGGACAAUGAUGAUCUACAUUGAAAAA